GAGCGUAACAGACAAGUUUAAAAAAAAGUCCAAGUCAAACGUGAAAGUAUAUGAUACCAUCCAGAAACUGUUCUCGGUCUCGGACGGUGUGAAAACUACUGGACUGCGUUUCUUUGUUGAACAGCGGAUGAAAUCUGCUCUUUUAGCUGUUAGAAAUGAUGAUGUUUAAGCUGCUUUUUUGGACUGGAUGCUACAGUCUGCUGUCAGUCACGGAACAAGUUACAGCUGAAACUGAGAUAUUUUGCUCCUCUGAGCCGGUAGUAUCAUUCUGCGGCUCCAGCAUCGUUCUACAGUGUCACCUCGAGCCCCAGCAGGAUGCAACAGACAACACAGUGAAAUGGACUCAGCAGAGUGAUGUUGUAUACGUUCGUAAAGAUGGAAAAGACAUUUCUGGAGAACAAAUGGAGAGGUUUAAAGAACGCACGUCUCUGUUCCCUGAAGGUCUCCAUAAAGGAAAUCUGUCGCUCCAACUUUCCUCUUUAAAACUCUCCGACUCUGGAAGAUACAAGUGCUCCUUUCAGGACGACUCAGAGGAGAAGAGUUGUUACGUUGCUCUCAUUGUUGGUGAGUUUGAAGUGAAAGGCUCACCUGAGCCAGUUACAGCAGAGUUGGGUCAGGAUGUGGUUCUACCAUGCCACCUGGAUCCUCCGUUUGAUGCAACAACACAAAACAUUGCUGUGGAGUGGAAAAGGAACAACUCUAUGGUGCACAAACAUCGAAGUGGGAGAGAUAAUAAUGAUGCUCAAGACCUGAGGUUUAAAAACAGAACUUCUCUCUUCAAUGAUAAAAUGACUCGUGGAAACAUUUCCCUCAAACUGCAUAAUGUAACUCAAGAAGAUGAAGGAAAAUACACUUGUGCUGUUAGUUGCAAUGGUCGAUCGCAGAUGUGGAACAUCACCCUGAAAGUUGUGUUGAAGGAUGACGAUCCAAACAAACAAGGAAUCAAUGAUCCAGAUUCGACUCGGACUAAACAUUCAUCUCAUCCAAUCGGACUUGUCAUUGGUCUUAGUGUUGGUCUUCCUGUCGCUGUUCUUGUUCUCAUUGUUCUCAUUGCUUGUCUAGUUAGUUAUAAAGGGAGACGAUGCAGGUCUGACCCGGUACCAAACCAAGACGGUUCGUGUGCUGGACAAAACAGUCCGCAAGCUGACCCACAAGCUGAUCCAGAACCACAUGAAGAAACUGAGAUGUUACCGACAGAAGGUCAUGGUACACAGGAUGGACAAGGCGGGCAGCAGGACAACAACCAGGAAGAGGAGCCUUUAAAUGAGCCGAACUAAGACAAUGAUUAAACAUCUGUGUGAUCCAUUACUCAGCCACUUAGUGGAAAAAAGUUGGGUUUUUUUUCAUUAUUUGUCACUUCUUAAUCCACAUUUUUUAUACUUUCUGUGUAGGGACUUUCAGUGAUUAAACCAUUUGUGUUUCCCAUUUUGACAUUAACCAAAAUACAAAGUCUGAAGAUUGUAUUAAUAAUAAUAUUUACUAAAUCUAAAAUACUUUCAUGUUACUGACAUAGUUCCAUCUUGUUAGACAACAUCUACAGUAGCUGAUAUUCCUCUCUUACAUUUCUGCUCUGUUUACCUCCUCAGUCUGCUAGUUAUUAUUUUGUUUGUUUGUAUGUUUGUUUGUUUUUGUCCUUUUUGUUUUUUAUGUCUAUUAGCUAGUUUAGAGGUUUAUUGCCACAAACUAGUGGACUGGAGUAAACUAAGAGAUACUCAGCUGGUUCUGUAGAUGGACGUUUACUAAAAAACUAAAACAUCUCGUGCUUAUCACUGAGAUCCAUGUCAAAAAAUAAUCUUGAUUUAAUGUUUCCAGCGUGUUAUCAGCCAGCCUGAAGAACAGUGUCCUCCAUACCAGAAGCAGCUGUAUUAGAUGGCAACACCAAAGUCUCACUUAAUCAGCAGUGUGUAAAGUCAGACAGUUUUCUAAGCUGUGAAUCAUCUCUAAAAAAUGUGAUUUCUUUUUAAAUAAAAAUAUUUUUCCUCA